AUGUCAUUUCUGCUGGACGCAUCCCCCUGCCUGAGGGGGGCUACAUUCUGGGGCACUCUAAGACAGGGAGCCGCAACCGCAGCGUACACGCGGCGGAGGGUUGGUGAAUGGGGAACAUUCCUGAUCUCGACACGGGCGAAGCAGCGACACGGGCAGCAGCAGAAGCAGAAGCAGCCGUUCAGCGUCUUCUCAAGGAAGUACCGAGAGCGCGUUGACGCCGGCAUCGAGGUCCCUGAGCAGGGCGCGUCAAAGGUCUACAAGAGCGCCGACGACGCGAUUGCGGACCUCAAGGACGGGAGUGUCAUUUUGUCGGCUGGGUUCGGGCUCUCUGGCGUGGCGGAGACCCUCAUCGACGCCAUCCGCCACAAAGGCACGCGCAAUCUAACGGUUGUGUCCAACAACGCGGGAGCCGGCGAGCACGGCCUCGCCAAACUCAGCCCGACAGGCCAGGUCUCGCGCUGGAUCGUCUCCUUCAUAGGCAACAACAAGCCGCUGGGGAAACAGUACCACGAGGGCAAAGUCGCCGUGGAGCUAUGCCCGCAGGGAACUAUCGCCGAGCGCCUGCGCGCCGCCGGGGCCGGCAUCCCCGGGUUCUUCACCGCUACAGGGGCACGCACGCUGAUCGAGACGGGCGGGAUCCCGCAUCGCCUGGGGCCCCGUGACGCAGCGACAGGCAAACACGCCGUCGCCGAGGCGGGCCGGCCGCGCGAGACACGUAUCUUCGACGGGCGGACGUACCUGCUCGAAACGGCGCUGAGGGGCGACGUGGCCAUCGUGCGAGCCUGGAAGGUCGACACCGCGGGCAACUGUAUCUUCCGGUCAACCACCAAAACGUACGGCGUGCUCAUGCCCAAGGCGGCCAAGCUGGCCAUUGUCGAGGCCGAGCACGUCGUGCCUGUGGGGAGUUUACAUCCCGACCACAUCGAUCUGCCGGGGAUAUAUAUCGAUCGGAUCUGCCCCGCCACGUCGGCCAAACAUAUCGAGAAGAUCGUGCUGGCAAAGGACCACGAUAGUACCACUACCGCCGACGGUGCCGACGCCGAAGCAAGCAAACGCACGCGCAUCGCGCGCCGCGCGGCCCGCGAACUCAAGGACGGCUCGUACGUCAACCUCGGCGUCGGGAUCCCCACGCUGGCGCCCUCGUUCUUGCCACCCACCACGAAAGUGUGGCUACAGUCCGAGAACGGGAUCGUGGGCAUGGGCGCCUACCCUCGCACGCGCGACGAGGCGGACCCCGACACCAUCAACGCAGGUAAAGAAGCCGUCACACUGGUUCCUGGCGCCAGCACGUUCGACAGCGCCGAGUCGUUCGGCAUGAUCCGGGGCGGGCACGUCGAUGUGUCUCUUCUAGGCGCGCUGCAGGUGAGUGCCUCGGGCGAUCUGGCCAACUAUAUCAUCCCGGGCAAGGCGUUUAACGGGAUGGGCGGCGCGAUGGAUCUCGUGUCUAACCCUGAUAAGACCAAGAUUAUCGUCUGCACGUACCACAGUGAUAGGGAUGGACGGAGUAAAGUUGUCGAGGAGUGUGAGUUGCCGCUGACGGGGAAGGGGGUCGUCAGUCUAAUUAUUACGGAGCUGGCGGUGUUUGAGGUCGAUAGGGUGGGUGGGAGGGGGUUGGUGCUGAAGGAGGUGGCUGAGGGGGUGAGUGUUGAGGAGGUGAGGGAGAGGACGAGCGCGAGGUUCACUGUCGCUGAGGAGGUGGGCACGUUUUGA